AUGCAGCAGCUUCCCUUUUCGAUGGUGGUCCUGGCAUCGACAUUCCUUGUUUGCGCCGGAACUACGGUGCACGUGUCUGCUGCCGGUGAGGCUUCCAGUGUCCCAGCUCGCGGCCAGACCGCAGACGUGGAGCAUGGCAGUUCCGGAGGAGGGUCCAUGGUCAGACGCGAGGAAGGGCCGAAGCAAGAGAUGAUCUCCACGGAUGAAGAAUUUAUACCGAAACACGUCUUCGGAGGCUGCUUGAAGAACGAUCUAGGUCCUAACCGGAUGAGCGGGCACACAGGCGGUUGGAAAACCCCAGAUGAGUGCCGUGAGUUCGCGAAAGCACAGGGCAAGGACUUCUUUGGGCUGGAAUGGCCACAGGGGUCGCCUGCUGCUGGCAAGGGCCAAUGCAUGGCCAUCGAAGACUCUCAUUCGACCAUACAGAAAUUGGGUCUCACUGAGCCGAGCGAGUGCACCUUCCACGGCGCCAAACUUGGAGGGCCGCAUCGCCUGGCUUUCUACGUGAUUCUUGCAUUGAACCGCUGA